GUGACCGGGAUUUUCCAACAGCGCAUGCGUGGUGGGGUCGCUCUGAGACGUUAAUGUUGUUUUGUUAAAAAUUUCAUCUGUAAUUUAAUUUCAUCAAUAUCUAAAUUCGAGUGGCGUUGAUUAUACUUUACCGUCUAUAACCUUAACGACAAAAUGUCGUUUUGUUCUUUUUUCGGCAAGGAAGUGUACAAAGACCAUUUUAUACGAGGAAUAUAUGUUUGCUCCCAGUGUGCAAACCCACUAUUUUCAAGUAGAUCUAAAUUUGCACACUCCUCGCCUUGGCCAGCCUUCACAGAGACCGUCCACGAGGACAGUGUUACCAAAGUGAUGGAAACACUCACAGCUUAUAAGGUUCUGUGUGGCAAGUGUGGCAAUGGACUUGGCCAUGAGUUUCUGAAUGAUGGUCCAGAGGAAGGAAUGUCAAGAUUUUGAAUUUUUAGCCACUCGCUGAAGUUUGUCCCAAAAGACAAGGUCGGCAAGCACUAAAGCGAGGCUGGAGGUCUGCAAACAUGCACAGUAGCUGCUGUAGUAUGCACAUUAUGGGGAUGCUCAUUUAAUGAAGUGGACAGGGCAAAAAUCCACCUGGAGGCCCUGUUCACAGAUGUAUUAUGGUCAUCCUGCUUUGUACCUCACUGUAAAACAGUUAUAAUAUUUCAAACAUGUACAAUAUUAUACAAACAAAGACAGAUGCUUUAUGAGUCAUAGUAAUUAAUAAUUCUUCUUUAAUCCAUAUUAUAUGGGUUAGCAUGUCUCCUCUGGACCUAUGGUUCUCAAUCUGGGAUCUGUGAUGUAUGGAUGUAAUUUAUUAUUACAUUUUAAGGGAACAGUUUCUAUUCGUGUUAAUAUUAUUACACAUCUGGAUAUAAUGAACUAGUAUUAUGAAACAAAUGGGGUUCAUCUAAAGCACAUAAAUGAUUCAGCACCUAGGAAAUAUAUUUUGGUCAUUUUAAAUACAACACUGCAUCUAUUGUGUGGAAUCUACAUGAACUUUCAGGCUUCAAUAAUUAUAUAUAAUGUAUCCUACUAAUACGUGAAUAAUUCAACUUAUUUUAAAAUAAAUCUGUUCUAUUAAUAAA